UAAGAUAUUUCUGCAUCUUGCAAAGAAGAUAAAAGAAAAUUUUUCUUUGGAAUAGAUGGAUUUUUAUCUCUCUCUGUGAACUAAGUCGAUUCGAUGUCUCUUUUGGAUUGUUUCUGCACUUCACGAACACGAGUUGAAUCACUCAGAUCUGAAAAACAAUCUGAAACCAGUGUCCAUCAAUACUUGGUUGAUGAACCAACCCCUUCCUGGCUGCCUCCAUCGACUAGAGCCAGCGACGUGAUAUGUUCCACCGACGUUUCUCAGUAUGAGCUCCAAGUGGAAAUAGGAAGAGGAUUUGACAAUUUGACUUCUGUCCACCUUGCCCGGCAUACUCCUACAGGAACAUUGGUGACUAUAAAAAUUACAAAUCUGGAAAACUGCACUGAAGAACGCCUGAAAGCUUUACAGAAAGCAGUGAUUCUAUCCCACUUUUUCCGGCAUCGCAAUAUUACAACUUACUGGACAGCUUUCACUGUCGGCAGCUGGCUUUGGGUUAUUUCUCCAUUUAUGGCCUAUGGUUCAGCAAGUCAACUCUUGAAGACCUACUUUCCUGAAGGAAUGAGUGAAGCUUUAAUAAGAAACAUUCUCUUUGGAGCAGUGAGAGGGUUGGACUAUCUGCACCAAAAUGGCUAUAUUCAUAGGAGUAUUAAAGCCAGCCAUAUCCUCAUUUCUGGUGAAGGCCUAGUGACCCUCUCUGGCCUGUCCCACCUGCAUAGUUUGGUUAAGCACGGACAGAGACAUAGGGCUGUGUAUGAUUUCCCACAGUUCAGCACAUCAGUGCAGCCGUGGCUGAGUCCAGAACUCCUGAGACAGGAUUUACAUGGAUAUAAUGUGCAGUCAGAUAUUUACAGUGUUGGGAUUACAGCCUGCGAGUUAGCCAGUGGGCAGGUGCCUUUCCAGGACAUGCACAGAACACAGAUGCUGUUACAAAAACUGAAAGGUCCUCAUUAUAUUCCAUUGGAUGUCAGCAUUUUCCCUCAGUCAGAGUCCAGAAUGAAAAACUCCCGAUCGGGUAUAGACUCUGGGAUUGGAGAAAGUGUACUUGUCUCCAGUGCAACUCACACUGUUAACAGCGACCGAUUGCACACGCCCUCAAAAACCUUCUCUCCUGCCUUCAUUAGCUUGGUGCAGCUCUGUUUGCAGCAAGAUCCUGAGAAAAGGCCUUCGGCAAGUAGUUUAUUAUCCCAUGUAUUCUUCAAACAGAUGAAAGAAGAAAGCCAGGAUUCAAUACUUUCACUGUUGCCUCCUGCUUACAACAAGCCAUCAACAGCACUGCCUCCAGUGUUGCCUUGGACUGAGCCAGAGUGUGAUUUUCCUGAUGAAGAACACUCACACUGGGAAUUCUAGGGCUGCCAAAUCAUUUCAUGUCCUAUAUACUUGACACUUUUCUCUUUGCUGCUUUUUCUUCUGUAUUGCUAGGUACCAAUAUCAGGAUUAUACUUGAAAAUACAGUUGGUUCACUGGAGACGCUAUCAUUUAAAACCACUCUGUUCAAAGGGGCAUGAGUUGUCAACCUUCCAGUUAGCUCAGAAUGCUGUCACAACUCCAGGAAGACGUCAGAAUUAUUGAUCUAGCUAAGUUAGUGACAUCUGUUCUUGAAUGUUUUCCCCUAAGCUGUAACUAACUUAUCUCUUGAUCGCAGUAUGAUUUUUGAGCCAGUUAGUGUUUCUGGCAUUUUGCAGUCCUCUUGGGAAUGACUCCUCAGAGGCCAGGGCUUCCUAGUAUAUCUUUGUCUUCCAGAUUCUCUAGCCUUUUGAUCAGCAGGCUAGUUUAUCCUGGCCCUAAACCUUUUCUGGUAGAGGGAAAAUAUUUCUACUUUUUUUUUUUUCCAUGAAUAGAGUAACAUCAAACUGAGCCUCACAUUAAACAAUUGACUUGAAAUAUAUACAGUUAUAAAUUGCUUUUUUAAAAAAUGGGGCUAAUGUAAUACUUUUCUACCUAUGUAAAUUAUAGAUCCUUAAUUUGUGUACCCCAUGGGAGCUCAAUAAAGAUUUAUUGAGUCGAA